GAAAACGCCAAAUCGAGAAAAAACUAACUGGACACUGAUUACUCUUGAUACCAAUAUCGAUACAUCUAUGCAGCCCUACAUCCAAAAUUAACGGCGCGAAUGUAAAAUUGGCGUCGCUUGGAUUUGCGGAUCGCCGAAUUGGACUUCUUGAAAAACAAUUUACGUAAAUAGGACAAAACUAAAAUGGAAUCACGUUUACCUAAGCCUACGGGUCUAAAGCGUCCCAUGCCGUCAAUUAAACAAAUAUUACCCACUGAUCGUAUAAAAGCGGCUACAAAUGCGAAUUCCACAUACAGUGGAUCCACAACAAUUCAGCCGCUAACGAGAGACUUGCAAAACAUCAUACCGCAGACAUUGAAGCGACAAGGACACGGAGUUCGAGCCGCUUCGCCCGAUCCAGUGAAAUCGACGAGUGCGACGAACCGGGCGAAAUUGCGACGCAGUCGUUCGGCUUGUGAUAUAAGCGAGAUGCGGCAGAAUCUGAAGCGGAACGGUAUGCCCAAUCUGCCAACUAUACCAACGAAAUUCCCCCGACGUGCUGCAGGACCACCAACGACAACGACGAGUCAGACCACUGCGGCUCGUACGGUUCGCGCCGGAUCUGCACCAGUUAAACGCCCUGUUGCAGGGUCGGCGCCUGCACCGGCUAGCGUCACAACGUCUCAGCGUCCAUUGCCUCGCACUGCAGCAGCGACAGCGACGACUAACAAAUCGAAAUCCUCUGCAAGCGCUGCUGGUGGCGCCGCAUCUGCACCCAAGCGCAUUGCUCCUUAUGACUUUAAAGCGCGUUUUCACGACUUGCUGGAGAAGCACAAGGCGCUCAAAACAAAAUAUGAGAAGCAAGUAGAUGACAUGGGCGAACUGGAAUCAUUGCCCAUGCAACUGGAAGAGACGCAAGCCAAGCUAAUUGAAACGGAAUCAACGCUUAAGCAUGCGCAAACGGAUAACGAGUGUCUGCAGCGCCAGGUGAAGCAGCAGACGGAGAAAAUUGAGAUGAUAACCAGCACAUUGGGUGAAACACGACUGGAGUUGCAAGAACUUAAAGUUACGCAUCAGGAUAUUAAAUCUGAGCAUGAGUUCCUCUCCACUGAGGUCCAGCAUCUGCGUAGGCGAAAUGAGGAGCUCAUACGAAGCAAUGAACAGUUGGCAGCCGAACUGAAUACGUGCAGGGAGCAACUAUUCCAGUCGAACAUCGAGCGCAAGGAACUGCACAACGUCGUCAUGGAUUUGCGCGGCAAUAUAAGAGUCUUCUGCCGAGUGCGUCCGCCGCUAGAAUCUGAAGCGGGCCGUUUGAUGUGCAAUUGGAUAUACCAUGACGAGGCGACAGUGGAGCUGCAGAGCUUAGAUGCCCAGGCCAAGAGCAAGAUGGGCCAACAGAUAUUCAAUUUCGAUCAGGUCUUUCAUCCCAAUUCGAAUCAAAUUCAUAUUUUCGAAAUGGUUGCUCCACUGAUUCAGUCAGCACUCGACGGCUACAAUAUAUGCAUCUUUGCCUACGGCCAGACGGGCAGUGGAAAGACGUACACGAUGGAUGGUGUGCCAGACAAUGUGGGCGUUAUACCACGCACAGUCGACCUACUCUUUGACUCCAUUAGAAACUAUCGUAAUUUGGGCUGGGAAUAUGUUAUAAAGGCGACAUUUUUGGAAAUCUACAAUGAAGUGCUGUACGAUCUGCUGAGCAAUGAUCAAAAGGAAAUGGAAAUCCGGAUGGCCAAGAAUUGCAACAAGAAUGAGAUCUAUGUAUCGAACAUAACGGAGGAAACGGUUACAGAUCCCAAUCACUUGCGCCAGCUGAUGGAGUUGGCCAAAAUGAAUCGUGCCACAGCAUCCACAGUGGGCAACGAGCGCUCGUCGCGCUCCCAUGCGGUCACCAAGCUGGAACUGAUCGGCCACCAUGCUGAGAAACAGGAGACGUCUAUAGGAUCAAUCAACUUAGUCGAUUUGGCCGGCUCGGAAUCGCCAAAGACCAGCAUCCGAAUGACCGAAACCAAAAACAUAAAUCGUUCGCUCUCCGAACUGACGAAUGUGAUUUUGGCGCUGCUCCAAAAACAGGAUCACAUACCGUAUCGUAACUCAAAGCUGACACAUUUGUUGAUGCCGGCAUUGGGUGGUAAUUCCAAGACCCUCAUGUUUAUCAAUGUCUCACCAUUCCAGGAUUGCUUUCAGGAAUCUGUAAAAUCGCUGCGCUUUGCCGCCUCCGUCAACUCCUGCAAAGUGGCUAAGGCCAAGCGCAAUCGGUUCGUUAACAAUUCCAACAACAGCUCCAUCAACAGCAGUUCCGAAAAGUAAAACUGUCGAUUCACGUUCACGAUUAUAAUAAUUAUUUGUAUAU